UACACACACACACACACACACACACACACACACACACACUGCUGGAUCCCAGAGCAGAAACAGAAAUAUAUGUCCCUUCACACUAGUACUGCAAACAUAGUACCCACUUUGUGUUUAUUGCUAUUGAGCAGCCCAGCAUAAUAUCAAGCAGACUCUGAAAUUAAUUGAUGGCCUCUUACAUUAUUUAAACAUUGACAUUUUUCACUUGGAGUGAGUAUUCAAGUGAAAGCAAUUAUAACUUGAUUAUUUAUCACACCAAUAAGUCAUGGUACAUUAAAUUAGACCUGAGAUGAUUAAGGAUGUCUUGAUGAUUUAGUAUUUGAUUAGAGCCACAGGACUACAAUUUCAAAUUUAAUAAAUAUGCCAGUGGGUAUCUUCAGUGCACUAAGCAUUCUUGCUACAACUUGUUUGAGUGCAGUUCCGCUGUAUAAGACUGUAGAAGUUCGCAGGUAUCCAAAGAGUCUGAUCCUGUGCUCUGCUGGGUAUAGAGCAGGGAUCAUGCUUAGGGCGUCCAGUAAUAUCAUUAGUGAUGUGCCAGCUUCAUGCCCAGAUUAUGUAGUAAACAUUUCUUUAAAAAGAAAAUUACUCCUCUUUGCGGUUGUGCCAAGACCAAAGGGGGAGGGAGGGAGUCCGCACAUGGAGUUUGCCUUUUUCACAGCCUCUACAGACUGUCGACAUCUUCAUCUAUAUCUUCAGCAAAAGUACCAAAGUCUGAAUUGACAACUUAGUUCAAAGUAUCUUAAUGGCAAUGUUGCCUUUACUGAAAGUUUCACUGGUCAGUUCUGCAGCAGAAAAGAACACUCUAACCAAAACUUUUAAAAAAUCCCCAAGAAAGUCAACAAGGCAACCUAUUUUUUGAUUGGUGUUAAAUAAUUAACCCACACUAAAAAGGCCUAUCUUCUUAGCAUUUCUGUGAGAAGAAAGAAAUCAAGGAAAAUUGUACUUUUUUUUGCUCUUGUUGGUGUCUUAUUUCCGGAGUUAACAAGUUCAGCUUCUUGACAAAAAGACAGGCAAAACUGUGUGUGUGUGUGUGUGUGUGUGUGUCUGUUUGUAUUGAUGUCAUGGACUGGCUGGGUACAGAGGAGUGGUGGGAGACAACAGCUGGGCAACCCCCAAGGGAAGAAGGCUUACAGCAGGCAUCCCCAAACUGCGGCCCUCCAGAUGUUUUGGCCUACAACUCCCAUGAUCCCUAGCUAACAGGACCAGUGGUCAGGGAUGAUGGGAAUUGUAGUCCAAAACAUCUGGAGGGCCGAAGUUUGGGGAUGCCUGGCUUAGAGCCAGGGGAUGGGUGGUGGGACAAGUGGUCAGAGGGAGCAGACUGGGUGGAGAAGGUGUCAGAAGCUGAAGAGGUAACAGGGUUUGGUGAGCAGGAAGAGGCUGCGGCAGAGAGCAGUGCAGAAUCAGAGGUAGAAGAGGAGAAUGAAGAAGAUAGGGGACAAGAAGCAGAGAUGAGUCAGGCUGGUGAAGAAGCCGGGGGGGGGAAUCUCCCAUUCAUCCUGCAACCAGUUCCCCUCCCCUCUGGCCUCCCAGGACCCAGUAUGAAGAGAGGCAUGACAACGGAAUAUCAGAUUGCUUGGGAAGGACACAGGGGAGGAGGAGACAUAGGGAACUGUGGGAAGUUGGGGACCUUCAGCCCUCACAACUGUCUCAUAGGGGCAAGAUCUACCAGGACAAGUUGAUGUGCUCAUUAGGCAUGGCAUCCUGAGUCAACCUGGUUUCCUUGAAGAAAGAAUUCAUUCACUGACACCGUGUGAUUUAUUGCUGACCUGCUCCUGGCACAUGCUCCUAACAGUGAAACGUAAAAGUGUUUGGUGUGUUUUUUAAUUAAAGAGGGCUCCACACUUCAUAAGGCAGAUGUGUCUGCUUUGUGCAUGCCAGUGCAACGCUCAUGUUUUCUUACAAGAAAUAUAUAAAGUGUGAAUGAUGAAAUGCACCCAUUUACAUGAUCAUGGGAACCCAGGCCCACUCAACUGUUCCAUGUAUGGCAAUCUGAGGAAGUGUUACGUAUUCCCUGUGUAUCAAAAAUAGAUGUUUGAGUGCUUGGAAUAUGGCAAUAUGCUUUCAACAGCCUCAAGGGGAGACAUACGGAUUGUUAAACCAAUACUGUAGUAUGAAAAGGCUGUUGCAGGUAGCAUUGUACAUGAGAAAUACAAAAAAACAAACAAAACUGGCCAGGCAAACAAGCACUAAAUUGUAUUCAGAGCUUUUGAUUUGUGGAGAAACACUUGAUGAUUCGUUUUGCUUCUGUUUGUUUUUUCUGCUUCAGGUGUAUCAAUAUAUGCAUGAAACCAUAAACGUUAAUGGCUGCCCCGAAUUCCGCGCAAGGGCAACAGCAAAGGCAACCGUUGCUGCCUUUGCAGCUAGUGAAGGCCAUUCACACCCUCGAGUGGUAGAACUGCCAAAGACUGAUGAAGGCCUUGGCUUUAAUGUAAUGGGAGGAAAAGAACAAAAUUCUCCUAUUUAUAUUUCUCGCAUAAUUCCCGGAGGAGUAGCUGAGAGGCAUGGAGGACUCAAACGAGGAGACCAGUUACUUUCUGUUAAUGGAGUGAGCGUGGAAGGAGAGCACCACGAGAAAGCUGUGGAGCUCCUGAAGGCAGCUAAGGACAGUGUCAAGCUAGUGGUGCGCUACACUCCCAAAGUGUUGGAUGAGAUGGAGGCUCGCUUUGAGAAGCUAAGGACAGCACGGCGCAGACAACAGCAGCAGUUGCUAAUUCAGCAGCAGCAGCAGCAGAAUGCACAACAAAACCAUAUGUCGUAGAUUGUCCUCGAAGAAGAAAUUCUAAACCAAGAAUCCAACAAUUUAGCAGCAAAACUGUAUUUUGAAUUCCAACAUACAGUAAAAGAGCAGCAGCAAUGACAAUACAACAUCUGCAUUCACCAGCAAACUGUGAAAGGCUGCCAUAAGAAUUGCUUGGCAGGCCAAUAAUGUAGUGAAAUCCUUCAAGAAAGGGUUUUUUGGUGUACUGAAGUCCUAGGAUGAAAGGUUUCUUUGACUCCUGUUCCAUGUGGUAAGGCUUUUAAAAAAAGAAAAAGAACACUCUGUAAAAUUGAGAGUUUUAAUAGUAAAUGAAUGAAUGAAUGAAUGAAUGUGUGUAUGGUCCAAUCCUGCUCGCUUUACAAUGAUACUUCAGAGGGAAUUUAUCAAAUGGAUGCAAGAUGGGGCCACUGCUGAGAGUGACCGUUGUCCAGUAUUUCUGGCCCUGAUCCAGCCCAAGCCAUGCUUUUAAAAGGAUCAGAACUAGUUGAUUCAGAAUGUAGAUGGAAAAGUGCUCUAGACUGCACACUGAAAGCAAUGUGCUGGCAUUUGGGUGCUGACAAUUGAAUGCCAUCCCCUUUGUGUCCAUGGUUCCUAAGCCGGUAAGUGAUAUGUGAGGAAGACCACCUUUUUAAUGUACAAAUCUCCCUAUCUGGAUUGAGGCCUUUGGCCCCAAGACGUUACAAAUUCAGGGAGAAAUGGCAUCAGUUAUAAAAUGUUACCACUUGCAAAAGCCCUUCUUGCAUCUUGCAAAGCAUCUUCACUUCACAAUCUUGUACAGGUGCUUUGAUCUGAAAUCCAGUUUGUAAUCUAGUUCUCUACUUUUUUUCCUUCCUGGGAGUUAGUACAAUAUUUAUACUGCGGCUGCAGUGUUGAGUUGAUUAAUCAAUGGAUCUAAAUCAAAAUAUUGCUACUUGAUGAAAGAGAUGCUCCUGAUUAAUUUUUGUUUUGUUUUUGAUGGUUAAUUAUUACUUUUAAUACAAGUGGUUAUAAAUCCAUGGGGGGCACUUUUCUCCUCCUCCUCUCCCUCGUAGGAAGUAAUGAUUCUUCUGAGAUCAAGCUUGCUCCACCCCAUGCUUGCAUCAUCUAUAAACAAUGGAGGAUUUUUUCUUCUUCAGUACUAUAGUUUUGAACUCAUUUGGAACUAUGUAGCCUUAACAGUACAAUGCUGUAUGUGUCUACUAAGAGUAAGCCCCACUAAGUUCUGUGCAGCUUACUCCUAGGUAAGUGGAUUCCACCACGUAUCUUGGAACAAGCCCCAUUGAAUUGAGUGGGGUUUCUUUCUGAGUAGACAUGUGUACUGUUGCACUUCAUAGCCUAUACAGAAUAAAUAAUAAUAAUAAUUUGGGCAGAUUUUUAUCAGUGGAUUAAUCAACUAAACUUUCUUUUAAUCAAACAACAGCCCUAAUUUAUACAGAAUUUUAUUUGUAAAAGCAUUUUUACUCUUGGUGUAUUCAUAAAUUCUGUUCAGCAGGUUUAAUUCUGUCUUCUGUAAGUUGUAAGACUAGAGGACCCUUGAACUGUAUUUUUAAAUAUAGAUAUUGCUAGUAUUAGAGCUAUAAUUAUUCAGAAAUCUAUAAUGUUUACAGUAUAUUUAUAAGAUAUGAUAUAAUAAAUAAAUCUAUAUCUAUAGAUAUAUAUCCCCAACAUAUAUAGAUAUUGUCAGAAUGUACGUGUUCCAGAGGUAGGGUCUGUACUUAUUAUAUAUUACAAAUGUUUUAAGAUAAUGUUAAUGAGACAAAAAAAAUCCAUUUGGGUGAAAAAUAGAUAAAGCAGGGUAUCAGUAUUUUCUCUAUUUUUCAGAUAUAUUCUUUAUUUUGUUUAUGUUUUUGGAUUUAAUACACCCAAAUACUUAGUCACGAAAGCUGGCGUAGCCAAGUGGCUGAGCAACUGAGCUAGAAAUCUCAUGUUUUGCCACAAAUUCACUAGGUGGCCUUAGGCAACUCACUCUUUCUUUCAGCCUCAGUUGCCCCCCUACUAUAUGGGGGGUAACAAUGCUGACUUAUCUUACAGGGUUGUUGUAAGGAUUUCAAUUAGAUAAGUUGGCGCACACAAAGCACAAUGGACACUUGAAAGUGCUAUACAAACAUUGAGCAUUAUGAUUAUCCCAUAGUGGGAAGGCAGGCUUCCACAAAGAGGCACAAACGAUUGAUUGCUAAAAUAAUACAUAUUAGGAUUUCUUUGACCUGUUCAACAUAGGUCUGAUCUACACAUGCAGUAAAAAUGAGGUUGGUUAUCCAGGUAAGAACAGUAAGGGGCUUUAACCCUUUGCCUCAUCUGCAAGUCUCAGUUGGAAUUGGAACCCAGGGCCUGCUAUUUGCAUUGGAAGAGAAUAUUCCUGUUUGGGGACAUUCCUGGCUUUCAAACUGCUUGUGAUGCACCAUAUUUUUGAAUGGUUCCCUGCAAUUCCCUUCAUUUGGGUUCCAGCAGAUUAUAUUAUUAACAUACUGGAUUAUUAUUAUUUUACUUGCAAUGAUUCCCCCCCCUCGCCCGCCCCCUGCUCUUUUUCUUCUUUGGAGAAGCAUUCAAAAAUAAGAUCUUCUGAGUUAUACAGUCCAAUCUUCCAGCUCAGGAUUUAACCACUCCAUUCUACUACAUGUGCAGCCCAGUCUAUUGCUACCGUUGGUUAGGAAAGGAUAUUACAUCCUCAUGCCUUAGCUAUGAAGUCAGCCCAUCUUGAACUUUUUCAAUGAACCCUAACCCCCACAGGUCUCAUGCAAGGCUCUUUCCCAACCUGGAUCAAAAAUAGUCUUUAACCAGAAACAUCAGGAAUUUAUGGGACCUUACGCAUGCGAAGCAAGUACUCAACCACUGAUUUCAUAUGCUGGCAUCGUAACAAACCUAUCUCAGACCCAAGAAUAUAAAAAGAUGUGCCGACACCUGCUGUCAUCAGGAUAAUUUAUAAUGUGUGCAAUUCAUGUGAAUUAGUUGCAAGUAAUCAAAUUAAAAUGUCAGUUAAAAUUUACAUGCAGUUUCAGAACCAUUUGAAUAAUAGUCAUGUUGAAAGGUUGCUAAGGAUGUCGUUUUCCUUGGGAAUAAUUUCUAGGAGUUGAUCCUAGAAUUUUCAUGGCUAUGAAAAACAUCCUUAAAGAAGAACAGCCGUAGGAAUUAGCCAGAGCUUAGAUGGGUUUCGAUGAACACACAUAAAACUUUCCUCUUCUCUUUGUAAGAAGUCGGAUGGUGCUGUGUGCAAAGUUUUUUGAAAAUAAUUUGUGAAAAGUACUUCUAAGGCCAAAUUAAAGUUACAGCCAUAGCUUUUUGACACAGAACACAUGAGAUUUAGGAUCAUGGCUUUUGAAAAUAUGAGAUAAAAUAUAAUUGUGUGGAAUUGUGUUUUUAGUAUUGUUUCAGUGAUGUCUGGAACCAGGACAGUGCAACUACAUUAGCCCUGUGCCAUCCAACUUUAAACGUGGAAUUUUAUAUUUGGGUUUUAGUUUGUUGUGUUUACCAAAUGUGAUGUGUGUUAUGAAAUAUCUAGCUUUUUAAAAAUGAUAUUGCUUAAGGGUUUGUGUCAGAAUUGAGUGUACAGAAGCUGUUUUCACCUUCCACACAUUCUGUAUUAUGUUAAUACAAACCUCAGUUAUAGCCAGCCCUGUAAAAUGUUAUUAUAUAUUUAGCAUAUGUUGUUGUCAAACUCCACCAGAAAAAUAAAGAUUUUGAUAAAAUGGCAGCGCAUAAGAAUAUAUUGUAUAAGUAGAUUGUCACUCAUAUUUCAAUAGUGAAUAUCAACACAAUUUGGACCUUAUGGUUUAAUAAAUUAUUUACACAUAAUGUUUGUUUCCUGUUCCAGUUUGUUUCCUGUUCCAGUUUGAUGGAUUUCUGUAUUUUAAUAUUUUGUUGGAAGCCGCCCAGAGUGGCUGGGGGAACCCGGCCAGAUGGGCGGGGUAUAAAUAAUAUAUUAUUAUUAUUAUUAUUAUUAUUAUUAUUAUUAUUAUUAUUAUUAAUGUGACAUGCAGAGAUAUCUAGACUGUGGCUGCAGAGCUACGUGCUGCAUAGAAGAGUUUUUAAACAGUGAAUGUAGAAACAGAAUCCACUGGUCUGCCUCUUUACAAGGAGAGUUUUAUGAAUCUGCAGUUCAUGUUGGUGCAAUGUGAACAAUGUAUUAGAUUGCACAGUGCUUGGUCUCAUGCACUGAGGAGCACAUCUCCCACAUCUGGGUGUUCUGAGAGAAGAGUGCCAGGCUCACUGGGUUACCAUAGCAGCACCAGUGAGGUCAAGGGCAUGCCUUGCUGAGUCAUUCAUCCUUCGCAGGAAUGUAGAGAUGGGUAUACUAGUCCUUUUUGCUGCCAUGGUCUGACUGAGAGAAUUGGGUAGGUUUUACACAGCGGCAUUAGCUAGCAUGGUGAUAGUGUUAGCCGAUCUCUCUGUACAUAUGUAUCUCUACUUCAAAGACCAGAAGAAUUGUAUGUAGUUGAUGGUAGUGCUUAGCUUUGUCUUGUAUCUGGGGACAAUAAACACUUUGUUACUUUGAACUAUGUGGGAGAGGAGUUUUUUCUGUCAACUGGGGACUCUAGAAGAGGAAGUUCUGCUGGGAGCAGGAAAUGUCUGGUGUCUCUGCUGGGGUUUCCACAUUCUCUGCUGAUAAAUUACACAGGCUGAGGUGUGGUGAACGACCAGCUGACUUCCACAAGUCACCAAUAGUUCACCCAUUUUUUCUAACCACAUGCUGGGACUAGGAGGAACAGGGCAUCACAGAUCUGCAAGAACCCAAGUAUUGGUUCCUUUGGCAUCAUGGACCCCACUGAGAAGAAAGGAAAGAAGCAGGAGGAUGAAAAUUGCAGAGAGUAGAGCUUUAAAGGAUGUGUGUUUUGCAGCUUUUUGAUAUGGAGCGUUUAAGAUUAUGUAUAUGUACUUGCUAUGCAUCCUCAUUCUACUUUUGAGCCGAAAUCCCUGCUGCUGGAGUGGCAUU